GUUCCCAGCAAGCUGAGAGGCUCGCUUCGUUUUUAAGCGUCCUCUCAGCAAUUAGACUACACCUCCCAGACUGCCCGUGUAUAGCACCCACGUGCAAAGAAAGGUUGGGAAAAGUGAGGCUGCUGGUCACCGGUGGUCGUCGCGAAGGAAGGGACUUUUUAAUAGUCUUAAACUGAGGGGCAGUCCCCCCCCCCCUUGGGUUUCUCUUUACUAGGAGGUUGGAGCUGUCGUCGGAUCUGGGGUCUCACUGUGUGGACCUGACCCAGAACUGCUGUGUAGACUAGGUUGGCCUUGAACUCGCUGAGAUCUGCCACCCAAGUGCUGGGAUAAAAGUUGAUGAAGAAACUUUUUGAUUCUUUCACUGGUGAGAUUUCUUACAUCUAACCAUGCGACUUUCGGCCCUGCUGGCUUUGGCAUCCAAAGCCACCGUCCCUCCCCACUACCGCUAUGGGAUGAGCCGUCCAGGCUCCCUCUCAGACAAGAGGAAGAAUCCUCCAUGGAGCAGGCGGCGCCCAGUGGUGGUAGAGCCCAUCUCUGAUGAAGACUGGCACCUAUUCUGUGGAGACAUGGUGGAAAUCUUAGAAGGCAAAGAUGCUGGGAAGCAGGGCAAGGUGGUCCAAGUCAUUCGGCAGCGGAACUGGGUGGUCCUGGAGGGGUUGAACACGCAUUACCGUUAUGUUGGCAGAACCAAGGAUCACCGAGGGACCAUGAUCCCCAGUGAAGCCCCCUUGCUUCAUCACCAGGUCAAGCUAGUGGACCCUGUGGACAGGAAACCCACUGAGAUCCAGUGGAGAUUUACGGAGGCAGGAGAGCGGGUUCGAGUCUCUACAAGAUCUGGGAGAAUUAUCCCCAAACCUGAGUUUCCUAGAGCAGAUGGCAUUGUCCCUGAAACAUGGACUGAUGGCCCCAAGGACACAUCAGUGGAAGAUGCUCUAGAAAGAACGUACGUGCCCCGGCUAAAGACAUUAGAAGAAGAUGUGAUGGAGGCUAUGGGGAUCCAGGAAACUCGAAGACACAAGAAGGUUUAUUGGUACUGAGUCUGGGUGUAGCUGCUGCCUGCUCAGUCUUCACCUUGAGAGUGGAGAGCCCUCUUCUCCAGCACUAAUAAAGAGCCAUGAGUGUA